AUGCAUAUUGAUACAUUACAGACAGUCAGCCAUGAAUAUGAAUACAAUGUUACGCUGGGUUCAGACAGACAAGCUAACUGUACUUCUGCCAAAAUACAUACAGUAAUGGACCUGAGAGGACAUGACAGAACAGCUGCAAACAUCUGUACGGCUAUUAAACCUCCUGGCGAUGUAAAAAAAGAAGCUUAUGCCAGCCUGAAACACGCGUCUGCUGCUCUGAAUGUUUCUAUCUUGGGAAAUUUGAGACAUUGGACAACUCUGAGCUUCAAGCUUCUGCUCUACCACUGUAUGAUUUCUGUGAUGAUACCAGCCAUCCUCGUACUGGCAAUGCAUGUCCAGGUCAACAAGAAAGAGAGCACACAAGUCAAAUCUACACAGGAACACUUAGAGGAAGCUUUUGAAGAGCAGGGCUACUACUUGCAACGCCUGUUCCUUCAGUAUGGGGACAAUGGGACUUUGAGCUAUGAGGGUCUGCAGAAGUUGCUUGGCAGUUUAGGUCUCGGGGAGGUCAAUGUCCUGGAGAUCCGACUAGGUGAAGUGAAGCAUUCUUCUCAACCCCAAUCCCAUUCCCACUCACAUGAAGACCAUCAUCAUCCUCAAAGAACCACAAACUCACCUCCACUCAAAGAAAGUCCUAGACCUCACAUUAAAUCAGUGAUCAGUGGAUCUCCUGCAGAACGGGGUCACUCUGACUAUUUUCCACACCCUGGUCUAAGACACAAACUGGAAGAAAGUGUGUCACCACUGUCAGACCAUCCGACAGAGAAACACCUUCAUGGGAAUUGUCUAAAUGUGACCCAGCUCCUGUGGAACUUCGGCCUGGGCCAAGCAUCCCAUAUCACUCCUGCCCAUUUCACCUUCCUGUGCCCUGCCCUCCUGUUCCAGAUUGACAGUGGAGUGUGUCUGCGGCACACAGAGGUGCAGUUGCAGGGAAGCAAAACCAGUGAGAGUUUCCUGAGAGCACUAGGAUGGGCCUCCUUGGCACUCUUUGUUAUCAGUUUGCCGUCCCUGUUUGCCCUGGGACUGGCACCUCUGCUUCAACCUUCCAUCCUUCAAAUAUUCCUGUGCCCGAUGGCUGGCAUGGCAGUGGGCACAUUAUGUGGAGAUGCCCUCCUGCACCUCCUGCCCCAUGCCAUCUUCAGUCAACACAUUCAACAUCAGGAUGCUGUUUUCAAGGGUCUGAGCGUGUUGGGAGGACUUUACCUUCUAUUUGCCUUUGAGAGCCUUCUGGGACUUAAACAACAUUUCAAGAAAAGGAAACAUGAUGCAGAGUCUGGAAGGGAGCUGGACACACUGCAGGGUACCUCAACAGCCAAUCAGAAUGAGAGUGCAGGGCAUGGCCAUUCUCAUGGGCAGCCUGGACCAGGGAAGAUGGACAUCAGAAGCAUGGCAUGGAUGGUGGUCAUGGGAGAUGGGAUACAUAACCUCACAGAUGGACUAGCCAUUGGUACUUAAACGUUAUUACUGAUUAAAGUUUCAUUUAGAAAUAAAAGCUUUUUUUUUAAUCUUAAUAAAUUUAACUUAAACAUUUUCUCGUUCUCCACCAGUUUCAUCUUCCAAGAGCCUCACCAUGAGUUAGGUGAUUUGGCGGUGCUGUUGGCUGCAGGCUGGCCUGUACGCAGACUGACUGUGUUUAGCGUCAUCUCUGCUCUGCUGGGCUUUGUUGGUGUUUUAACAAACUGCAAAACCAGUGGUUAUCUUGAAAAACUUUUCACCAUCACCGCUGGGGUCUUCCUUUAUGUUGCUCUUGCUGACAUGAUGCCUGAAAUGCUUCAUGGAGAUGCUGGAUCUCUGAGCCUUCUGAAGCGCUUCCUCCUGCAGAGUCUGGGCCUGCUGAGGGGGGGCAAUCAUGCUUUGCAUCGCCCUCUUUGAGGACCAAAUUGCUUUUAGCCUGGGAGAAGUCUAAGGAAAUGAAAACUAUCCAAAUGAGAUCCUCAGGAUGCCACACCAGAAUUUCUAUCCAAGCAGUAUUAUGUACAUAUCUCAUCCCAUAAUGAACUACUGUGUAGACACUGUGUGGAUAUUCUGAAGAACCUAAGCUGAAUUUCUGAAUUUUAUAUAUAUAUAUAAAAAAAAGAUGAUGACAUCUAUAGAAAAUUCCAGGGCUCAGCUAUAAGAAUGGUCUGAUGAAAGCAUUCCUGCCCUUUUGAGUUGAAUGCCGUGUUGCCAGUAUGCCUUUCAUGUAUCAUAUAAAUGUUUCUGUUUCGCAACUUGCUUUUUAAUGAUGUAUUAAACAUGGCUGUUGUUAAAAUGAUAAA